GCUCGUGUCCUCGUCUUUCCUCGUCUCCAGCGGAGUGGCUUUGUGUUUCUCCCCGGCGGCGCCAUGGCAGAGCAAGAGAGCCUGGAGUUCGGCAAGGCAGACUUUGUGCUCCUCGACGCCGUCUCCAUGCCGGCAUUCAUGGCCAAUCUCCACCUAAGGUUUGAAAAGGGACGGAUCUAUACGUUUAUUGGGGAAGUGGUAGUUUCUGUAAACCCUUACAAGAACUUAAAUAUCUAUGGACGUGACAUGAUUGAGCAGUACAAAGGGCGGGAGCUGUAUGAGAGGCCCCCUCAUCUUUUCGCCAUUGCAGAUGCUGCAUACAAGGCCAUGAAGAGACGAUCGAAGGACACAUGCAUUGUAAUAUCAGGUGAGAGUGGGGCAGGCAAAACAGAAGCAAGCAAAUACAUCAUGCAGUACAUUGCUGCCAUUACUAAUCCAAGCCAGAGAGCUGAGGUUGAAAGGGUGAAGAACAUGUUGCUGAAAUCCAACUGUAUUCUGGAGGCCUUUGGCAAUGCCAAAACCAACCGCAAUGAUAACUCCAGCCGAUUUGGGAAAUAUAUGGAUAUCAACUUUGAUUUUAAAGGAGACCCAAUAGGUGGGCACAUCAAUAAUUACUUGCUGGAAAAGUCACGGGUGAUUGUGCAGCAGCCAGGAGAGCGGAGUUUUCACUCCUUCUACCAGCUACUCCAAGGAGGUUCUGAGCAACUUCUACGUUCUUUACAUCUGCAUAAGGAUUUGUCUGUGUAUGGCUAUAUUGGUGCUGCAGCGCAAUUAAAGUGUUCCGUCAAUGAUGGUACUGAAUUCAAAACUGUUGCUGAUGCCAUGAAAGUUAUUGGUUUUGAACCAGAAGAGGUUCAGACAGUGUACAAAAUUCUUGCUGCCAUUCUACAUUUGGGCAAUUUGCACUUUUCUGUGGAUGGUGAGACACCAGUGAUUGAAAACAGCAAACUAGUAUCUGUCAUCGCAGACCUGUUGUCAACCAAGACUGAUAUGGUGGUGAAGGCCCUGCUUUUUCGAACAGUUGCUACUGGCCGUGAUGUCAUUGAUAAGCAGCAUACAGAGCAAGAAGCCACCUAUGGCAGAAAUGCAUUUGCAAAGGCAAUAUAUGAGCGACUUUUCUGCUGGAUUGUGAUGCACAUCAAUGAUGUGAUUGCAGUGAAGGGCUACAACAGCACAAUUCAUGGGGAAAACACAGUCAUUGGGGUCCUGGAUAUCUAUGGCUUUGAGAUCUUUGACAAUAACAGUUUUGAACAAUUCUGUAUUAAUUACUGCAAUGAGAAGCUGCAGCAGCUCUUCAUCCAGCUAGUUUUAAAGCAAGAGCAGGAGGAAUAUCACCGUGAGGGGAUUCCCUGGAAGCACAUUGACUACUUCAACAACCAGAUCAUUGUCGAUCUAGUGGAGCAGCAGCAUAAAGGGAUCAUUGCCAAUCUAGAUGAUGCAUGCAUAAAUGUUGGAAAAGUCACUGAUGAGAUGUUCCUGGAGGCUCUAAAUAACAAACUGGGCAAGCAUGCUCAUUUUUCCAGCAGAAAGCUUUGUGCUAUGGACAAAAACCUGGAAUUUGACAGAGAUUUUCGGAUUAAACACUUCGCUGGAGAUGUUAUCUACUCUGUCACUGGAUUCAUUGAUAAAAACAAGGACACUUUAUUUCAAGAUUUCAAACGCCUGAUGUAUAACAGCUCCAACCUUGUGCUGAAAAAGAUGUGGCCAGAAGGCAAACUAAGCAUCACAGAAGUGACUAAGCGACCACUGACUGCUGCUACCCUUUUCAAGAACUCAAUGAUUGCUUUAGUGGACAAUUUGGCAUCUAAGGAACCAUACUAUGUCCGUUGCAUUAAGCCCAAUGACAAGAAGUCACCACAGCUAUUUGAUGAAGAACGUUGCAGGCAUCAGGUGGAAUAUCUCGGGCUCCUGGAGAAUGUGAGGGUUCGACGGGCAGGAUUUGCCUAUCGCCAAACAUAUGAGAAAUUCCUUCACAGGUACAAAAUAAUCCCUGAAUUUACUUGGCCAAAUCACAAACUUGCAUCAGACAAAGAGGCUGUAAAGAAACUGAUUGAGCACUGUGGUUUCCAACACGAUGUGGCUUACGGGAAGACCAAGAUUUUCAUCCGCACACCACGGACACUCUUUACAUUGGAAGAACUACAUACCAAGAUGCUUGCAUGGGUGGUUCUCUUUCUACAGAAGGUUUGGAGGGGCACACUGGCUCGCCUCCGCUACAAGAAGACCCGAGCUGCCCUCAAGAUCAUCAAGUGCUACCGUCAGUACAAAGUGAAGUCUUAUAUCCGUGAGGUUGCCCGGCGAUUUCACAAUGUGAAGUCGAUGAAGGAUUAUGGGAAGCAUGUGAGAUGGCCCAGCCCACCCAAAGUGCUGCAGCGGUUUGAAGAGGCCCUUCAGGCAAUCUAUCACAGGUGGAGAGCAUGUGAAAUCAUCAGGAAGAUCCCAGCCAAUGAUCUGCCUCAGAUCAGGGCAAAGGUGGCAGCAGUGGAGCUGCUGAAGGGGCAUCGUCGUGAUAUUGGACUCCAAAGAAUCUGGCAGGGCAACUACCUUGCAUAUAUUCCAGAUAGCUCUCGGGCUGCAGGAUCAAUCACCCCUAUUGCCUUUGAGUUGCAAAGAAAGGACAAGUUUAUGAAUGUUCUUUUCUCAUCUCAUGUCCGCAAGAUAAAUCGUUUCAACAAAGUGGAAUAUAGAGCAAUUUUUAUCACAGACAGGCACCUUUAUAAGAUGGACCCUACAAAGCACUACAAAGUGAUGAAAACUAUCCCACUGUACAAUCUGACAGGAUUGAGCAUCUCCAAUGGAAUGGACCAACUUGUGGUUUUCCACACAAAAGACAACAAGGAUCUAAUUGUGUGCCUUCUUAGCAUGGAUCCAUUCAAUCAGAGCAAAAUUGGGGAGUUGAUUGGAGUUCUAGCAAAUCACUUUAAAAGUGAGAAACGCCACUUGCAAGUGAACAUCACCAACCCAGUCCAGUGCAGCAUGCGUGGUCGGAAAUGCACCAUCUCCGUGGAAACCAGAAUCAAUCAGUCAGAGCCAAACUUCACCAAGGAUCGUGCAGGCUUCAUCCUCUGUGUGCCUGGGAAUUAGCAUUGCUUCUGCUAGGGAAGGGAAAUAGGAGAGAAGCUCCCCCUCUAAGCGCCCUUCCAUGCCUCUUGUGCUUUGAAUCUUGCAGGGAGAGAAGGAGGGUUGUAAAGAUGUUUGCCUGUGACACACAUUUAGACGUCUCUAAAGCUACACUGAGCAAAAGCUUAAAACGCCCUCCAGCACCAUCAUUAUGCCAGCUAUGAAAUUCAAAAUGACUUCCGAGCCAUUUUGUACCAAAGUGCCUUUUAGUAAUGGAUUUUUACAUCCUUCUGCCCCCCCCCAUACCUAAGAUUGUUAUCUAAUUAAUUGUUGAGACUGCAUUUGUAGAAGCCAAAGACUUCUGUGGAUUUCACAUAGACCAAAUCUUAACUUUAAAUAGGAACCAUGUGGGAAAGAUGUUUUUCCAUAACAGUAGUUUCCCAAUAGGUUGCCCAUCCCCCUUGCAUCUUUUUGUCCAAGGAGUUUUUGUCUGAACGCUGAUUGUCGAAUUAAUCCUGCAGCCUGGAUAUUGGCUGUUUUUCUGGGUUGGUUGCUGUGGUGCAAUGCAGCACCUUCCGAAGCCUGCACUGCUUUACUGUAAGAAGUCUCGGUAAUUUUGCCUAGGCACCAACAGAUAGAUGGAAAGAACACCAAAUCUGAAAGUUAUUUAUAAACUUUCUCCAGUCCUUUUUUGUGCACAGAAUCUCCUUAAUGAUUAUCUUUCAAAUGCUGCUUUUAGUGCAUAACGUGCUUUAUCCAAGCACCUGGCAACAUCCUAGCCAGUGUAGUCUUGUAGUUGCCUUUUGUUGGUUAUACAGCUUUCUGCUGAAUAGUGAUGUAGCCUUGUUAACAAACUUAUAUUUCUUUGGUGCCAAAAUACACAUGUUUUGGUAUUGCUGGAGAGCUCUUCCAAGCAUCUUGAAACACAGGAAGAAAUAUCCUCUUCUGGAGCAUUUGGAAGAGGUUCGCACCAGAUGAACAAACAAUCUAGCAAGCAAGCAAACAAACCUUACAUUGUGAAGAUUCAGCUAACUUCUGGGGUAGAGGUGGCAGGGACCCUUGGUCUGAUCCAGCAUGGCGCUUAUGCUCUUAUGACAAUGGUUUCCAUUUGUUCGUUCUUGGUGCUGGUGUUUUUUAAAGCAUGGGAAUGUAGCCUUUCCCAGGUUCAUAGUUGGGGAAACAAACUUGACCCCUCAUGGAGAACAAGGUAGGUAUAUACUUCUAAGCCAUUCCUGGUUAACGGUGUGGCGUUUUUUUUUUCUAUACAUGACAGUUUCUUCCUCUUCUUUAUGACCCAGCUUUCCAGUGAGGAAAGUUCCGGCCCUUUCUUUGCUUGUUUUACAGCUGGCCCAGAUAUUAUGAGAGCCCAAUCUUGUAAUAUAUUAAAGUGUCUUUCAGCAGUACAGGGUGGAAGUGAAUAUUGUUUGAAGUCUUUAACCAAUUCCAGGUAGAAAAACACAGGCUAGAAAAAUACAAUAAUGGGCUUAUACAUCCCAGUGUUCAUUCCCACAUCCAUUGUCAAGCACAUCUGUGCUGACAGUUAUUUAAGAUGGCCUGACCAUUUCUUCCUUCUGAAAAGAAAGUUGGCUCUUGGCUAGUCUUGCCAACAAGAUGAAGGGUUUGUACUCUAUUCCCUGUUGCCAAUGGCAAAAUGGCCUGUGACUGCUUCUCUCUCAAUUACCAGUGUGCUUUCAAAUUCUCACUUUGGGAGCAGCCAAAUUAACCACAGAAGCUGUUUAAUCAGCACUCUCAUAUGGAUUCCCAACCCAAUGGUUGGAUUUGAAUAAGACAGAAGAGAAUUGUGUAGCAAGGAAGUCCUUCCAAAUUUGUAAAAUUGGCUACAUCACAUGCAAUUUUGUCUUGAUUUAAGUGAAUUCACAGUAUUUGUGCCUUUUCUGAUUCUUAGCAGUGUGUAUAUGAGAGAGUGUGAGGGAUGGGUGGUUUGAACAAGCACUAGAGUUAAGCAAGCUGUGUGUCGGGCAGUAUUGCCUAAUCACCUACCAAGGUUAUUAAUCAACCAUCAAAUAACCCAACGACAGCCCAUGGAUUCUUUCAGGGAUGUUUCCCUCUGUAACAAGCCAUGCCACCUUCAAAUGGCACGACAGGCUGCACCCAGGUGGGUAAUUAAAUAAAUGGCAGUUGGCAUGCCUAAGCCACAGUGGCGAUCAUGCAAGCCAGGUCAAAGAGUCUGUGUGCAUUUCUUGGUUUUAUGUCUAAAUUAACUAUUUCUUAAUUGUAUGUUUGAUUUUUAAGCCUGGGGGAAUAAUGUAAUAAAUAUUUUAAAAUGUAGUUUCUAUAAAAAUGUUGGCACAAACCCUUGUCAUGAAUAAAACGUAUUUUUCUUUAAAUAAUUAACUGCAAUAAAUAAAACGACUCUCAUUUAUACC